AUGUCGGGAUUUUUUUCUCAGCAUCCAGAAACAGAAUACAGAUUUAUCGAGAGCAUACAUCUUAUGGUAAACGAGCCUUCAGUUGGUUUUUUUAGAGUUCAUGAACAUGUAAAACGAUCUGUACCACAGCUUGUUAAUAGAAAGAUUGAAAUGCAGAGCUUUUUUUUUUAAGUUAAUGGAGUUUGCUAUGAUUUAGAUUAUUCCAUCAGAACUGUCAAAAGCAUGAGGUCAAUUCAACAUUUUACAAUUUUUUUGCCUGUUAUAGUGACUACACCACAGGAAGUAGAGGGUUUUAUAUGCCCUAACUGUAUGCAGAUUUGGAAGAGUCAAGAAGAGUUAUUAAAACAUUGGCAAAAAGAACAUAACAUAUCAAUAAACAGCAUUGAUCAAAACGCACAACAAGAUGAUAACACUGCUGAACAAUCUAAGAAYGCUGAGUUAGCAGAACAAGAAUCAACAAAUUCAUGAUGAAUGUUAUAUACGGUAGAGCUGCUUUAUGUACUGUGCAGUAUGCACUUGAUGAUCAUCCAAUCAAAUUGCUUGAUGUGCAAUAGCCAACAGUUGAAUAAUAUUUAAAUAUAAUAUAUGAAUACAUAGAUAAGUGGCUGACUCAUUCAGUUGAAAAAGAACUGUUUGCUUUCUUUUCUGUUUCUUUAUGGAGRCUGUUGUGUCAGACCUUUUGGGAUGCCUGUGCCUCAUCCUUCUCUAUCUACCAAAUAAGCAGGCUAGUAGGUUUAUAUACUGAAGUUGUACAGGUCUAUUUUAUAAAUAACGGGAAUACACUGAUACUAUUUAGUUAUGUCAAAUAUGCACAAAAUAAUUAGAAAAAAAUACAAUUUUAYCAUGAUUA